GUCACUCCAUCCUUCUACCUAAAAUGAAACCUUCUCCACACUCGACAACGCUGUUGGCAAUUUUUUGGGUUGUUUGAAAGACACUAAGCAAAAUGUGUAAUGAGAUGAUUUUUAAACGCAUGUUUCCCAACAUCCUUGCUCACCAAAGCAGAGUGAACCACUAACCAUUUUGGCGUUCGACGUCCGGAAAUGGCGGGCUUUUCGAGCUUGAAAUACGACGUCGGCUUUGGUGAUUUGCUGGCUACUUCUAUCUCAGAUAAAGCGCAAUCUUUGUCAUAGGAGUUCUGGUGGCUCGUGAUUCACCUUCACCACAUCUUGCCCACCACUGUUCGCGAUGCGCACAUGAAACCGAACCCUGGGUACCAGAGCCUCCAGACUUCUCUCGUCCAGUGACGCUCGUCCAGUGACGCUCAAAAUGCAGUGACAAGCACCAUUUUGGCUGAGCGUCACUGGGUGAGAGAAGGGUCAGACGUCAAAUUUGGAAACAAGAUGGUAAAGUUUGUUUUUAUUGCAAAGAGUUGCAGAAGAUGUGAGAAAGGAGCCGUCUUAUGACACAUUUUUCCCAUGGAUAUGAUGGUGGAAUCACGGACAAGACUCUUCCGCAUUCCUAAGCAUCAAUCAACUUGGCUUUUCGGUAACAAAGAGACGUUCGUGGGACUGGGACCAGCUAGCUAUCGUGACCCUCAGCUUCCAGUAACAACGUUCCAGGCUUUAGUAACAGGGUAAUGUAGAACUCACACCACGGGGCCUGGAACAUACCUUGUGUGACGUCAGAGUAAAGAUUUGACCCAAAACUGGCGCGUCUUCGGGUUGCGGCAGAUCAAUAAGAAAAGCAGAUAAGACGAUGGAGGGUACUCUAGUGUGCUUCGGUUUACUAUGAAAACUUGGCCAUCCCUUUAUGAAUGUUGCACGGUGGUUAUUGGAUUUGUGCAGCUUUCUCGGGUUCUAUUUGGUUCAAGUUGUUUUGUCUGGGGUUAGAAGUAUACCAGGAUGCCGAACGUUCGGAUGUUCCGACGCGGACCACCUCAACCUCGUUGCCAACAAGAGAAGGAACACAGGGAACAAAAGAUUUCACUUCAGAAAGCGCACCAGGACGAUGAGUAUGAUGCAGUACGGUUGGGGAUGAGCGUGAAAUCAGAAAAAUGCUCCAAAGGCUUAUGUUGUUGUUGGAGUUCUGCAAAAGCCGAACCCAAGUCCCUUGGGAUGGCGCAAGAUUCCCAGAACUGCAGCGGCAUCAGUCCAAAUAUGAUCGCAGCUCAGGCGGCCGCAAGGGCUCAUCUUAAGGCUGUUGAACACGAAAGAUUAUCGAGGGAAGAAAACCUUAAACGUUCACAACUCGCACUGGGCAGCGGCGAGGAUGGGUUUGAACCAGUGCCGGAGGAGAAGCCCGUCAGCGUACCCGACCAUUUAUUAGGAGUUCCACUAAAGGAUCGAGACAGCGAGGAAGAAGUAUGCGAGACCUUUCUUGUUGUCGCGAGAAAGUUCGGCAAACAGUAUGUCUACAGAUUUCACGCAUCCAAGUCCUUGUGGUUAUUUAGCCCUAGAAAUCCACUUAGGAGAUUUGUAAUUUUUCUAAUCACACAUCAAUAUUUUGAACUGCUUAUUUUAUUUACUAUUUUAACAAAUUGCGUGUUUCUGGCAAUAAAUGAUCCUCCAGAGGAGCCAGAGUUCGUCUUCGCAGCAAUUUAUACGGCCGAGAUGAUUCUCAAGAUUAUCGGCCGAGGGUUCGCCCUCCAUAAAUACGCGUAUCUUCGGAACGCAUGGAAUUGGCUGGACUUUUCUGUAGUUGUUUUAGGUUAUAUUACUAUGUUACCCGAUGUGCAAAACCUUUCGGGGAUUAGAACUUUCCGUGUUCUAAGAGCUUUGCGGACGAUAUCAGCCGUAAAAGGUCUGAAGGCAAUGGUCAACACUCUUCUCAAGUCCAUUAUUAUGCUGUCGGACGUAUUGAUUCUUACCACUUUCUUCAUGUGUGUGUUUGCGCUUAUUGGCUUGCAAUUCUUUUGUGGUAACAUGACGCAGAAAUGCGUCAAAGAUGGCGCGCCGUUUGAUGCUCUUAACUACUCUAGAUAUCUAAAAACACCAGAUAACUGGUAUGUUUUUCCUGGUGACGGGUUUGCUGUCCUGUGUGGCAACGACUCAAAUACAAACAUGUGUCCUGCAAAUUAUACCUGUUUAGAGAACGCGGGGCCCAACCCAAUAUCUCAGUUUAUCAGUUAUGAGAAUUUCGGCUUCUCGCUGCUGACUUCACUACAGCUCGUCACGAUGGACUACUGGGAAAGCAUUUACAACAGUGUAAUAGCUACCAAAGGCCCGCUGUACGUGUUCUACUUCCUGUUCGUCAUCUUCCUUGGCCCAUUCUACCUUAUCAACUUGGUCCUUGCCGUCGUGUCGCUGUCGUACGAACAGGAGACUGCGGCACUUCAAGACGAAGAGCUCAAGGCCAAGGCAUUUGCCGUACUCAAGCGAAGUGCUUCCACAUAUUCAUUUGACGGUAAAACCAAUGUAGAACCUAUGUACGAAGAAGAUAUCCUUCCCCAACUGCCGGACGAGGUUACGGAAACUGAGAUACAGACAGCAGAGGAAUCUACGCAUCAUGAUCUGGAAAAUACGAUAGACACUGAACCGGCGGAACCGACUUGUUUGCAGAGGAUUCGGAAGGUCUCGCUGAAGAUCGUGAAUGACUCUGUCUUUGAGACGUUCAUUACUCUCUGCAUUCUCUUCAACACGCUAGCCAUGGCGCUAGAGCACUUCGAGAUGGAUAGUACUUUCUCAGGGAUCUUGGACAUCUUCAACUACAUAUUUACCGCCGUCUUUAUACUGGAAAUGGUGCUUAAGCUGAUGGCUCUCGGCUUCAAGAAAUACGCGAAAAACCGGUGGAACCUGUUUGACGGGACGAUAGUGGUGCUAAGCAUCGUCGACAUGCUGCUGACCUUCACAAAGUUGAUCACGGGCGCGGGGCUUAGCGUACUCCGGACCUUCCGUCUGCUCCGUGUGCUCAAGCUGGCUCAGUCAUGGAAGACCAUGGGUGCUCUGCUCAAUACGAUCGGCAAGAGUAUCGGCGCAGUGGGAAACAUCAUUGUCAUCCUUGGCAUCAUUGUGUACAUGUUCGCCGUCGUCGGUAUGCAGAUGUUCAGAGACAAGAUAAGAAAUAACGAUGGCGAGCGUGUCCGGUGGAACUUUGACGAUUUUGGCCACUCGUUUAUGAUGAUCUUUCGUAUUCUAUGUGGUAAAUGGAUCGAACCCUUGUGGGCCACCAUGAAGAUCUCCUCGCUUGCUAUUGUGUUCGUUUUACCCGCGUUUAUCAUCGGUAAUUUCGUUAUCUUGAAUCUCUUUCUUGCGCUGCUGCUGAACUCGUUCGGUGGAGACUUGGGAAGUGACGAGGAGGACGAGGAGGCCAAGAAAAAGAAAGAGGAGGAGGCCAAAAAGAAAAAGUCAAGGAAGAAAUCCCGCCUACAGAUCAGUCGGCUUCUCGGACGGAAAAAGGUGUCCGGGAGCCGAAGCAAAGUCGGACCGGAAGACGAAUUGGACAGCGAGGACGAGAACAGUGAGAUGAUACGUCAGCAGGAUGAGGAUGAGAACGAGAACAAGAAGGAGGCUGCCAAUACGCUUACGAAUUGCAAGAGUGCAGAGGCCGUCAACCAAGACAACAGCAUGGAGCUCUCGGAAUUUAACGGUAAAGUGGCUGCAGACAACACCAAUGGCUACAGCAACUGCAACUCAGGCAACCCAUCCCUGGCUCAACGCCAAAAGCACUCCUUACCUAAUGACACCAACAAAAGUCUGACCACGAUGCUAGAAGUCGACGAAGCCGCACAUCGUAUCCGAGACCAGCCCGAAUUGAGCCCCAAGAAACCUAACAUGAACCCAGGUAAAAGCGAGGACGACCUCCUAGAACCCAACGAGAACAACCUAAGCAACGGGGACCUUGUUGCCAAUGGCAACGCCCCUGUUCUACCCAAUGGCAACUCGCGGCUCUCAGCGAGCUCAAGGAGCUGCAAAGAUCUGAGUCUUGGUGACAUCGAUUCGCGCAUUCCCUGCGCCAGCCCCAACCACGACCCCAAGCGUGACACGAUCGUCACGGUGGACACGGAUAUCGUGACAGGAAACAGCAAAGUGCGUGACUGCUGUCCGUCGUUCUGUUACUGUGAGAGCAACUGCUGUACGAGCUAUAAGGAGUCUUGUAUUCGUCGGAGCUGGCAUUCGUUGCGUUAUAACCUGUUGUUGUUCAUCGAGCACAAAUACUUUGAGUUCUUUAUACUGGUGAUGAUUGGGAUUAGCAGCUUGACGCUGGUAUUUGAGGACAUUCAUCUGGACAGUCAACCAACGCUGAAAGCAAUUCUUUCCUACAUGAACUACACCUUCGCGGUUACCUUCACGGUGGAAAUGUUGCUUAAACUCCUUGGAUUCGGUAUCGUCGGCUACUUCUCCAACCUCUGGAACUGUCUAGACUCCUUCAUUGUUGCCAUCUCUCUCGCCAGUAUAAGUGGUAAUGAGAACUUGAAUGCAUUCCGGUCUCUUCGAGCUCUGCGUCCUCUUCGCGCCAUCUCACGAUUCGAGGGAAUGAAGAUCGUUGUCAAUUCCCUGGUUCAUGCCGUGCCUGCCAUUUCAAACGUGUUGCUCGUCUGUAUGAUCUUUUGGCUCAUCUUCGCCAUUAUCGGCUACCAAUUGUUCGGUGGAAAGUUCUGGAAAUGCGUUGACAAAGACGGAAUCCGUAUAGACCAUAAUAUUUGCCCAGACAAGGAAACGUGCUUGGAGAUGAUGGCUAACGGCACUGCUAAAAAUUGGACCAACUCAAAAGUGAAUUUUGACAGCUCUCUCAACGGAUUUCUUGCUCUCUUUCAAGUUGCUACUUUGGAAGGCGUGUUUGAGGUCAUGAAUGACGCUGUGGAUUCAUCUGAGGUAUACCAACAACCCCGCUUUGAAGCCACUUUUCCCGCGUACUUCUACUUCGUCAUCUUCAUCAUCAUGGGUGCUUUCUUCUUCCUCAACCUGUUUAUUGGCGUCAUCAUCGAUAACUUCAACCGUCUCAAGCAACAGUACGAAGACAGUGGAUCUCUUGGUUUCCUUUUAACGGCGAGUCAGAGGAGCUGGGUGAAUACAAUCAAGAAAACUUACUACCGAAAACCUAAGAAACAGCCCAAGAGACCCAAGGCGGCAUGGAGAGCGUGGGUGUUCGACCUCAUUCACCAGCGCAAGUUUGAGGUGAUGAUCAUGGCGGUGAUCAUGACGAACAUGGUGACGAUGAUGCUGCAGCACCACAACCAAAGCGAAGACUUCAAGAUCGCAUUAGUUGACCUCAACUAUAUCUUUACGGGCAUCUUUGUCGUCGAAGCUUGCAUUCGGCUGAUAGCACUCCGACUGGAUUACUUCAAACAAGCCUGGAACUUGUUCGACUUUGUUAUCGUCAUCUUUUCUAUUAUUGGUAUCAUCUUGGACGAUGUGAUGAAGAUCAAAAUGUCCUUCUCCCCCGGUCUGCUUCGAGUAGUUCGUGUAUUCCGGAUUGGUCGGCUCCUGCGUUUCUUCGAGGGUGCUAAAGGCGUGCGACGUCUUCUGUUCGCCCUCGUCAAAUCCCUCCCCGGCCUGGUUAACAUCGCCACUCUUCUCUUUCUCAUCAUCUUUAUCUAUGCCAUCAUCGGGAUGUCCUCAUUCGCUUACGUGAAGAAAACAAACGGCAUUACCGACGUCGUCAACUUCGAGACGUUCGGCAAUUCUAUGCUUCUCCUGUUCCGAAUCGGCACUGCGGCAGGUUGGAACACCAUACUGGACCCUAUGAUGGUCCAGGAGCCCUAUUGUGAUCCAAAAAUGACCCCUCCAGGAGAGGGCAUGGGCGGAAAUUGCGGCAAGCCUUUGUUGGCGGUGUUUUACUUUGUUAGCUACAUCCUGUUGAUUUUCUUGAUUAUCGUUAAUAUGUACAUCGCGGUUAUUUUGGAGAAUUUCAACGAGGCGCAGUCUCAGGAGGAGAUAGGAAUCACUGAUGAUGACCUGGAGACGUUUAUCCUCACGUGGGAGAAAUACGACCCUAAAGCUACGCACUUUAUUUAUUAUCACCAGCUAGAGGACUUCCUCGAUGAGCUGGAUCCACCGAUGCAAAUGCCAAAGCCGAGUUACCACUUGUUUGACGAACUUAACGUACCGCUGAAGGCAAAUAACAGGAUUUACUGCGUCGAUUUGAUGCAGUCUCUGAUUCGAAAAGUAAUAGGAAAACUGGACGAUGUGGAGGAGGAGGAUAUGGGCGAGCUUAUGCAGAGACUGUCGGAUCGAUUUUCGGGUAAAAAUAGCCGCAACGAGCCCAAUGUAACCACUGUUAAAGAUUACUUUUACUUCGAAAACCGUAUGGCGUCGGUGAUCCAGCGCACGUUUAGGAUACACCUGCUGAAGAAAAAAAUCGAGGAACAUUGCAACGCUAAGUUCCAUAAGUAUGAUCACGUGAGUGAUAGUAACGAGAAGAACAAGGGCAAGUGGCGGGAGAAGCAAUUGGAGGAUAACACAGGAGGGAGUGCUGGAAUAGAGGCUGUUAUAGGAAUGUUAUGGUACAGUCAGGGCCAAACCAGGAAAUACGACGAGGAGCCGACAGUGGAAGUCACUAACGAGACGGAUGAACUUGCGGUGGACAAAAAUGGCUCCAAAAGCGGCUCCAAAAAUGGCUCCAAAAACGGCUCCAAAAAUGGCUCUAAGGAAUCGAGUAGACCUACUUCGUUGGUUGUUAAGAGGACCUUGAGUCCAUCCAAUUGUUGAUUAUUGCACGGGCCUGGGUCAAGGCCUGGUGAAAUCAUUUAAUGGCGCGUCAAGCGCCGAGCUGUCUCACAGGUUGCACGGAAGGAAAGCGGAAAUCCUCUCUGACAUCUUGUUGUCUUUUUUGUCAAACAAACACUUGGACCUUCAAAUAUUUAGAGAAAUAUUCGUGAAAUUCCGUAGUCCUAAUAUCCGCCUAAGCCGUAGCGCGCUGGCUCAUGGGCGCGUGUCCCCAUCUUGCGUGUUUACAUCUUACCUUGCUUCAAGCACGGUGAUACCUUACAAAAAGUUACUGUCUCAAGGACAACUUUGAACAGCCAAGCAGGCAGUAUAAAAUGACUGUAAAAAUUAACGAAAGGAAUGAAUGGAAAAAACGAAAGAGGAAAAAUUCAGCAUCAAUCAAAGAUUUGCUGGAAAAAUCAGGAUAUCCUCGAAUGCAUAUUGUAUUUGCAUAUCACUCCCUGCGCGACAUUUGUUGGUUUCAGCCAAUGGGAAAGCGGUCAAGAACAAUAGAAACCAAUGGACGUCACGUAAUUUGAAUUUAUUUGAUAGGAACAGCUCGUAGAAUUAGGUUAAAAAUAGUAUCACGACUUAGGUUGUUCUCGGAUCAUUUUGUCUUCACUUCCAUAUGUUAUUUUAGUAAUUCUUAGGAAAAUUAUUUCCGUAAGAACUAUUUUCUUGUUAACACCUAGAAAAUAAUUAAUCAAUUCAUUUUCCUCCUAUUUAUUGAAAUACAAAUUUAUUUAUUUUACAAUGAAAUCAUAAAGUUAUUUGCCCACGAUUUUUUUCGAGAAUAGAACAUCCGUAGCUGUGAUCGAAUUGACCGUCAUUCAUUUCUCAUACAAUUUAGCAAUAGUCAGCAAACUAACUCAGUAUAUUAAAUAUAGAUUACAAAACUUGAAAGAUAACUCCUCAUGAUAACAUUUCGCCCACUUAAUCGAAUUAUAGUGCAAAUCUUUUUUAGAGCUUAAGCCACUUUUUGUCGAGACAUCAGACAGGAGCUCCCCUUCUUCGUUUCUUUUGUUCGUUGAGAUAAAAUUUGCAAGGGGAACAAUCAUUUACGCUUUUUGUAUUCUUUUUUGUAAAGAAUAUAGAAUGAACGAGGAGUUCAAUAUGACAUAUCAUUGCUUCCAGUUUCACGAACAGAAGAAUUCGCAUGUUUGUCCGAAUACGUUCUUAUGUUAAAAAAAAUACUUUAAAGAUAAAAGUAUGAUAUUUGCACGUCGCAGUUGUGGCGUCAAGUCGUAUGGUCCGAUACUGCGGCUGGAAAAGGCCUCUUAAAUGAACCUUAAAGAACCCAGCAUCUUCGUAAUGAAGUUAACCUACGGUAUCCUCGUCUCCAGACCCUUUACCAACAAAUAGACCGCGCGUUCCUGGGUACACUAAUAACGCGCAUACACUGAGCAAAGGAUCUGGUGUCUUGGGCUGUGAAAUCUAGAUGGAAUCCCUACUUGUAACAAAACGACAAUGGUGAAAUUACAAUGUCUAAAAACAGAAGCAUUGAAAUUUUAAAAUUUGAUUAUAUUUUCUAUUUUUUUCUUUUUAUCUUGUGCCUGGAGCCAGAAUCCGUGUGAUUGUAAAUGUAUCCGUUAGUUCCAAUAGCAACUAAAAGAAGAGGUGUACAUAUCAAAACCGCACCCGACAGUUAAAGUAAUGCUUAAAAAAGUCAAAGAUACCAGUAGAGCUUAGCUUAGACAACCUCCUUCAGGAAGAAAAAUUGGUAUCAAAUAUAAAUCUAGAGGGUACGAUUGAGUCUGAAACGCGCUUCGAUCAUAGCUGGUGCCCCAUUGGCUAGUUAUAAACAACUCUCCUUUUGAUUGGCUCAAUUUGCGCGAGUUGAGCUCGCAGUGAUUGGUCCAACCAAACGCGGAUUUCGAUUGGCUAAAACCGAGACAGUCCACUCUGAACGGCCUACGCCUUAUAUGGUAACGUUUAAUGGUAAUGUAGUUUGUUGGUUCAGACCCAGACCUACCCUCUAUCAACGCUAAUGUUGGACAAGCAGCUUAUGCAAAUUAUGUUUUGUGGAAUAAGCACAAACAGGGAAUUUUAUUUCACUCUCAUUCAAUUUUUUGUAAGUUAUGAAAUUUUAUACAUUAAAAAUUACAUUAAAAUCUUCCAAAUCCA